AUGACUGGACUGCGUAUCAGAUGUGGUUGUGUGGCUGUGAGUCUGUCUCUGUGGCAUAUACACACACAGACAUACAUCGAUUUGCCGCAAAACCGCUGGCAGAGAGGGGGCGCUGCACUUAUGGCCACAUAUAUACUUACACACGUAUAUACAUACAUACACAAACGGGGGGGAGAGGACGAGCACGAGCUCAUCAUUAUGCAACCACAGCAAGAGGAGGAGCGGCCAGCAGGUCCUGCGCUACUUCGCGGGCCUCGUCUCAAGCACUUACGUCGGGCUAUUCUCCGCGACUGGAGGUGCGGAAGUGGUGCAGUGUUGUUUCGCAAUUGGGCGAAGGAUGCGCGUGAGGUCCGUACCGGCACGACGUAA